AGCAGUUACCAAUCACAACUCCACGGCUGAAACCACCAUGUCUGACAGGGGCGGAUUCGACACCAACGUGGUGACCCUCACCAGGUUCGUGCUGGAGGAAGGCAGGAAGGCAAAGGGGACCGGAGAACUGACCACCCUGCUUAACUCCAUCUGCACUGCCGUCAAAGCCAUCUCCACAGCUGUCAGGAAGGCCGGCAUCGCUAACCUGUAUGGCAUUGCCGGAAGCACCAACGUGACAGGUGACCAAGUGAAGAAACUGGAUGUGCUGUCCAAUGACCUGGUUGUCAACAUGAUCAAGUCCUCCUUCACCUCCUGUGUGUUGGUUUCAGAGGAAGAUGAGAAGGCUAUUAUUGUGGAGCCCGAUAAACAGGGUAAAUACGUUGUGUGCUUCGAUCCCCUGGAUGGCUCCUCUAACAUCGACUGUCUUGUUUCAAUUGGAACGAUCUUUGCCAUCUACAGAAAGAACACAGAUGAUGAGCCAAGUGAGAAAGAUGCUCUGCAGCCUGGGAGGAACAUUGUGGCCGCUGGUUAUGCCUUGUAUGGCAGUGCCACCAUGAUGGUCCUUUCCACUGGUCAAGGUGUCAACUGCUUCAUGCUUGACCCAGCGAUUGGCGAGUUCAUUUUGGUGGACCGAGAUGUGAAAAUUAAGAAGAAAGGAAAAAUCUACAGUUUGAAUGAGGGAUACGCCCAGCAUUUCUACCCGGAUGUAACAGAGUAUCUGCAAAGGAAAAAAUACCCUGAAGACGGCUCUGCCCCAUAUGGUGGGCGGUACGUUGGCUCGAUGGUGGCUGAUGUUCACCGUACAUUGGUGUACGGGGGAAUCUUCUUAUACCCCGCAAAUGUCAAGAGCCCUAAAGGCAAGCUCAGGCUGUUGUAUGAAUGCAACCCCAUGGCGUUCAUCAUCGAACAGGCAGGUGGCAUGGCCACCACAGGAUCGAUGAGUGUUCUGGACAUCCAGCCAGCCAACAUCCACCAGCGAGUCCCUGUGGUCCUGGGCUCCCCUGAUGAUGUGCAGGAGUACAUUUCCAUUUACAAAAAGCAUUUUAAGUGAGGUCAAGUCUGGUGGUGGGCAAACUAAAGUUGGGCUAACAACACCGAGGAGGGGCUGAGUAGCUUGGCUAAACUGGUACCUCGCCUCCUCAUUACCUCCAUCUCAACUGCACUGAUCCAGAGACAGUUGGAAUUCAAGACCAGAGAAUAAUAAGCCUAUAUAUCUAUAUCUAUAAAUAUCUAUAUAUAUAUAGAAAAUCUAAACUUAUUGGACAUAUUAGCACAAUGUGUUAAUGCCAAUUAUUGUUGCUUCUGUGUUUUGGGCGCAUACAUUUACAUUUUUU